UAAACUGAAUAGCUUUGAUUAGACCUACUAAGUCUCUCAUAAGUUGCAUGCUGUAGCCUUAAAUUUACCUUGUCUUCUUGUGUACAUCAUUUCUAUCGUUGAAGUCUUUAUAGAAAAUCUCUUACUAUAUUCUGUGUCUUCAAUGGUGCCAUCUUGGGUCGAUCAUCCAACUUGAAGAUAUCGUAGCUCCUGUCCUUUCCCUUUCAACGACUUUAUUUGGUUAUUUGUAUGACAUCUAUUAUUAGCCUGUCAUAUUUUUAUGUACAUACACGUCUUAUAUUCGUUACCCACAAAAAACAAAAUUACUCAAUCAUAGUAGAUGAUGAAAAAUCAAACUAAAAAAUGACCAGAUCAACCCAUAUAUCCUAUAAGAUAAAAAGAUAUUAUAAUUUGAGGUUUAAAAUUUGAGUUUGUGGUGAUUAAUUGAAGAGUGUAGUAUAACAUGUGACAAUCAAUGCAAUGAAAAGCAGAGGCUUGAACUACCAGCCACGAACAAGAAUGGAUCAUUUGCUGUCAGUUGUAUUGUAUGGUUGGAAAUCUUUUUGAGGUCUUGUUUAAUGCUUUUGUCAUCCACACAAAAAUGAUGAAAACAAAAACAAAAAAUACCAUCCAAAUAUGGCUUUAAACUUUAACCGCUCAUUCACUCUCUGUUUUCUCUCUUUCCUCUUAUUUGCCCACUAACUGUUUGUUAUUAUACCCAAUAAAGGAGAGAGAGAGAGAGAGAGAGGAACAGAGAAAUAGAGAGAUAGGGAGAGGGGUGUGUUGUGUGUGGGUGGUGGAUGAAUUGAUGAGAUUUUUUGAUGAAGAAGAGUAUGAUGAACUGAGGUGUGUGAGGGACCUACCUUCAUGUUCUUCAUCAUCAUCAUCAUCAUCUUCUUCUUCAGCUUCAAUCAAUCCCAAUUUCUUCCCUUCACCAACCCAAAGAUCACCAUCUCCUUUUCUUUUGAAUAAAUUGUUUGUCUACUUUUUUUAAACAGAUCUUCAGAGGUUGGUUGGGUCACCUAAUUGUGCUUCAUACCCAACCACCCACACCCAGAUCUGUUGUUCUCAUUUUUUUUUUCUUUUUACUUUUUUUUUUUUAAUAUCUCCAACGAUUUGUGUUUGUUCUAUACAAAUUCAAAGAUUUGGAGAUAUGGGUCUUUGUAUCUAGACUCAUCUUCAAACUUUUCUUGGAAUUUCCAUGUGUCAGAAUACUGCAUAUUAGAUCUGAAACCCCCACCAUCUUGAUUGCCUUCCUGGAUUCAUUCAGGAAAACUCGCUCACUAAAUCCCACAGUUACACCCCUCUCUAUAUGUGUGACAGCUGGUUUUGGUGCUUCCACGGAUUUGCGACGUAAUCUGUAAAGAGAUACCUCUCCUUUCCCAUUAGAUUAAGCGUAUAGGAGGGAGGCCCACUGCUGGGUUUGGUGGGCUUCGCGAACCAAUAAAAACCCCAGUUUUGAAAGGUGUUGGAGAUCCUCUUUCAUCCUCUUUUUUAUAAGGCGAGAAGGAGAGAAUACAAGUGGGAUGCUACUUAUUUAGACCAUUCCUUUUCCACAAUUUGAUCCAUCUUUGGGUUGUUUCUAGUCCUUUAUAUUAAGCUAAGAAUCUGACCCAUCACAGAAUUCUCCUUUUCUGAUGCUUUUCUUCUUGAUCACCUGCUUCUCCUUCUUCCUCCUUUCCCACUCUUUUUCUAUUAGACCACUUCCUUCAUGGGUGAGUGAGAUCAGACUGUCAUCAUCCCUUUGGUUCUGGAAAGAGUUAUCCUUCUUUACCAUUUACAGGUCCAUUAAGAAUAGCCUUUUUGGUGGCUUCUGGGGAAUUCCUUCAAAAAUGUCCUUCACGGAAAAGACCCCCCUCCACAAAGUAGAGAAUGUUGAGGUGGGAUUGGAGAUGGGGUUACUGGACUUGCCUGAAUUGGUAUUGGAAUGCAUUCUUGAGAGGCUUCCACCUGAAGGGCUUUGCAGUUUGGGGGGUGUCUGCAGUUCUUUGAGGGACAGGUGCAUGAGUGACUACUUUUGGAAAAGGCACAUGAAGGAGAAAUGGGGUAGAAUUUUAGGCCGAGCCGCUUACCGAGAGUGGCAAUGGCAUAUGGCCUCUAGGAAGGAUUCAGACACCCUUGAGCAAGGCAAGCCAAAUGGCUUGAUGAGGUUGCUAUCUCGCUUCGGGCCUCUUUCUUGGAUUAGAUCAAGAUUAAGCAAUAGUACCCCACAGAGGAGCUCAGUUCCAGUGGAUUCCAUCAUGUCUUGGUAUCUUGCUCUUGAGACUGGCAGGUUUUGGUUCCCUGCACAGGUUUACAAUCGUGAGAGUGGCCAUGUUGGCUUUAUGUUAUCAUGCUAUGAUGCAGAGCUUAGCUAUGAUUCCCACACUGAUACCUUCCAGGCCAGGUAUCCCCCACAUGGAAGGAGGACGGUUGCCAUAGAGAAUGGAGUGUCUUGGGACAGGCUAAGAGCACCCCCUGUCGAAACUCCUCCACAUGAUCUUCAUAUGUCUGACUGUUUGAAUGAAUUACACCCUGGUGAUCACAUUGAGAUUCAGUGGAGAAGAAACAAGGAAUUCCCUUAUGGUUGGUGGUAUGGUAUUGUAGGACACUUGGAAUCAUGUGAUGGGAAUGAAUCUUAUUGCCGCUGUCAUAAUAGUGAGACUGUGGUGCUGGAGUUCAAUCAAUAUACACCAGGUUCACGGUGGAGACGCACGUCCAUCAACAGAAAAGACCAUCGGGAAGAAGGAAAUGAAGCAGAUGGGUUCUAUGGAGGAAUCAGAAAACUCUGCAGAAAUGAUGAGAUUUCUGUGUGGAAACAGCUUUGGCCAGCCGAAGUCCUGGAAUAGGCUUAUGUAUCAAAGGGCUGUCAACUGCUCACCAUGGUUCAGACAUAGAAGCCUAAUUUUCUUCUGACUAGUGAGAAACUUCUGUUUUUCAGUUGUAAAAGCAGCUUUUAGGAGCAGAAAAUGGGCUUCUAUUUCAUUUGCAUGAAUGUGGAGGUCAUUUUCUUUUCUUUUUCUCCUAUUCUGUUUCAUAUUUUUUCAUGGAUUUUAGGAGAAUUCUUGGCUAUUUCAUUAGGCUCCGCUCCAUGCAAAUUGCCAGCCUCCUAACUGCAAAUCUGUUGUACCAUGUUUACCAUGAUAUAUAAUUUUUAGUUAGUUGCUGUUUGUAA